UAGAGCUGAACGCAGAUGGAAGAGGGACAAACUGCAGAUAAAAUUUACAUCCAGAAGAGGGCGCUGUUGGAGCUACGCUCCCUCGGUUUUCCUAAGCGGUGCCCAAAAACAAGCAUGGCGGCUUCCAGUGUGUUCCGACCGGGCUUGUUCAACCAUAAAGUUGCAAUAGUGACGGGUGGAGGCACCGGGAUCGGUAAAGCUAUCUCUGCGGAGCUGCUGGAGCUGGGCUGCAGUGUGGUGAUCUCCAGCAGAAAGGCAGACAGGCUGGAGGCAGCAGCUCGGGAGAUGAGACAGAAAAUCCCUCCCUCCAGUCCUGCAAGUGUCACUGCUCUGCCCUGUAACAUCCGCAGCGAGGAGGAGGUGAAGGCUCUUGUGUCAUCAGUGCUGAAGCGAUACGGCCGUAUAGACUUUCUGGUGAACAACGGAGGAGGUCAGUUCAGUAGCCCUGCAGAAGACAUGUCCUCUAAGGGCUGGAAGGCUGUGGUAGACACCAACCUGACAGGAACCUUCCACUGCUGCAAGGAGGUCUACACAGCAUGGAUGAAGGAGCACGGAGGAGCCAUCGUCAGCAUCAUCGCUAACAUGUGGAACGGCUUCCCGGGGAUGGCCCACACAGGAGCAGCGAGGGCAGCGGUGGAUAACUUAACUAAGAGUCUCGCCAUCGAGUGGGCAGCCUCGGGGGUCCGAAUCAACGCUGUUGCACCUGGUACAAUCUUUUCCAAAACUGCGAUGGAGAACUAUAAAGAGUAUGGACCACAUCUUUUCAAGAUGUCUGUUCCAUUCACUCCUGCAAAGAGGCUGGGAGUGCCCGAAGAGGUCUCAUCUGUGGUGUGUUUCCUGCUCUCUCCUGCUGCUUCCUACAUUUCUGGAGCCACGUUGAAGGUCGAUGCGGGACAAAGUUUGUAUAAGUCCAUGUGGGAGAUACCGAACCACAGUGCAUGGCCUGAGGCUCCAGAGGGGGAGAACCUGGAUGCUCUGAAUGAACUGGUCGACCCAAAAAGCAAACUCUGAUUCACUCAUGGGACGUGCGAGAGCACAAAAUCCCCAUAUACAGAACGUCUGUAUAUGUAGUGUGUGACUGAUUAUUAAGAAUUUGCACAUGAUUGUAUGUAAUUAAUAGCACUACAAGUGUCCAGAGGUAAAGAUUUGUAACAUGCAAACUUUUGAAAUGUACAUAUCAUUUUUCUCUCCAAUUCUCUUGUCAGCAAGUCUAUGAGUAAAAUUUAAUAAAACUGUAAAACAGAACAA